AUGAACACAGCAGAUACACAGAUCGUGGACGACCUGAACUGGGCGGAGCGCUGGAACCCCAAGCUACUUAUACAGAAUGUGGCCAGCGAUCAGAAACAGAACGUGUGGUUUGACGUGCAGUUCAGCGAGGGGCAGGCCUUUGUCCUGGAGAAGAGGCGCCUCAAGGGCUGGUUCACAGAAAACCUGGAGCUAGAGGCCUUCCCGUUUGAUAUUCAGCAUUUGUCCCUCGUGAUAACCUCUGACCUGUCAAGCAAGGAGGUCACCCUUGUAGAAGAUGACCUUGAACUUAGCAGCGUCAAUCGACUGAGUUUCAUUGAUGAACAGGAAUGGGAGAUGAGAAACUUCGUGGAGUUACUGCCUCAGGUGACGAGGCGGGAAUACAGCAGCUCCAAACAUGAGUUCCCCUCCAUCUUGGUGAGGUGCUGUGCCUUCAGACGGCCAGGGUUCUUCAUCUGGAACAUCCUGUGCGUCAUGUGUUUGAUUAGUUCUCUCUCGUUCUCGACGUUCUCGGUGGACCAGACAAAGCCCCAGAACCGCCUCCAGCUUUCCUUCACACUCGUCCUCACCGGAGUCGCCUUCAAGUUUGUGGCUACACAGUCCUUACCUAAAAUACCCUACCUUACAUACCUAGACAGGUACAUCCUCAUCUCGAUGUGCAUCAUGUAUUUUGUGUGCAUCUGGCACGCUGUGAUCACCCGCUUCCAGUUUGACGAUAAACUCUCUCGGUCCAUGGAUUUUUGGGCUUUCGUGGGACUUGCCUGCUUCUUCUUGUGCUUCCAACUCUUCUUCAUCGCCACAGCCAGAAUCAAUAGCGCCAAUAGAAAGAUGGCGGUGUACGACGCUGAGAGGAAAUAUAGAAGAAAGGCGGACAGGCUGCAAGGUGCUGAAGCUGACAAGAAGCGCUGGAAGUUAGUCAGAGGAAAAACUAAGUUUAGAGUUGGUGUCAUGUAACACAAAAUCUCGUACAUAGCCUCCGAGACUUUUCGAUAUCCGAGGAUACCCCAGGAGGACGUCAUGUAACACAAAAUCUCCUACAUAGCCUCCGAGACUUUCC